AUGGCAAUAUGUUUUGGUGGUAAAAAAUUGAAAGUAUCACAAACGAUAUCGAAACACUUUUCUUCAAACAAACAUAAUAAUCAAGAUCAUCAACCAAGCUUGAACAACCAUAACCAUUCUGAUAUCCAAACAAAUCAUCAUCAAAACGAUUCUAAGAUGCCUCACGAUCUUUCGCGUGCAUCUUCCAAUUCUGCAUCGUCAUCUACAUUUUCCUAUUCACAUGGUACACCACAAUCAACAGCAUCGUCAUCAAACAAUACAGUAAACAAUAAUUAUUACCAUAAAAAUUCAAAAAAAAAUGAUAAAAUGGAUAUUUCUGAUGAUGGCGAUGAUGAUGAUGACGAUGACGAAGAUUAUCAAUUAACAACAGAUGAUAGUUCAAAACAACAACGUAAAGUUAAGCGGAAUCUAGAUCAAUUAUCAUCAGCUCAACAAAAAAUCUCAAUUGUUAAUGCUGAUAUGAUCUUUUAUUGCUUUGAAAUCUUAGGCAAUUACUUAUUUAAUGGAAAACAUCAUUCAGGAAAAUAUCAUUCUUCUUCAUCAAGUGCAAAUAGCCAAUUAAUUCCAUCACCUAUUGCUCCUCCUACAGUUCCAUCUGAACCCUAUCCACUAUUUGUUACAUGGUUAAUUGGAAUAGAAAAACAAUUACGAGGAUGUAUUGGAACAUUUUCACCAAUGAAUCUUGCACAAGGUCUUCGUGAAUACGCAAUUACAUCGGCAAUGAACGAUAGUCGUUUUUCUCCAAUAUCGCGUGACGAAUAUCCAUCAUUAUCAUGUGCCGUGUCAAUUCUAACACAUUUUGAACCAUGUUCAUCUUAUUCCGAUUGGAAUAUUGGUCUUCAUGGUAUACGUAUUGAAUUUUUCAAUGAACGUGGCUCAAAACGCUCAGCAACAUAUUUACCUGAAGUUGCUCAUGAUCAAGGUUGGAAUCAUAUUCAAACUGUAGAUUCAUUAUUACGUAAAGGUGGAUAUAAGGCACCAAUAACAUCUGAAAUGAGAAAAAGCAUACAAGUGACGCGAUAUAGAAGUGAAAAAUUAACAUUACAUUAUAAUGAUUAUAUACAAUCAAAAGCAACAACGACAGCAACAUAUUCAAGUACAACAAAAACAAUUUUUGCAACAAACCGUCCGAAAUAA